AUGAAGAAAUUGGAGUAUCCCAUGGCACUAACCACCUUGGAUGCCCAGCAAUGGACAGACAUUAUGUCUCCGGUACUUCAGGUGUCCCUGCCAAAGGCCGGCGUCUGUCGCAAUUUCCCUCGAGCUGUCGUGUUCGCUCCACUGUCCUAUCAGGGUCUUGGACUCCCACAUCCGUUUGGUUGUCAAGUGUUUAAACAUCUUGAGAUGUUGGUCCGACACAUGGCUAACAGGACCAAAAAUGGUGACUACAUGGAGGCCAACUUCCAAGCCCAUCAACUAGAAACGGGGACAUCCUUUGGAAUCUUGCAACAAGUCUACAACAACACGGCCAUCUUAGCUUCCGACAUGUGGAUGAAACGAGUGUGGCAUGAACUUGAGGGUCUGGACAUCUAUGUCGCUUGCGACUCCCCAGCCUUGUCACAUCGCUGUAAGGACGACUCUCUGCUGGUGGAUCUCUUCCUCAACCUGGAGGUUGACCAAGAUGAUCUCCUCUGGCUCAAUUGGUGCCCAAUGUUCCUCCAGGUAUGCACAGUGUCCGACAUUGUCAGUGCUGAUAGGAGGUUUAUCCGUCGUGCCGCUUGGAAUGGAAUCAGGGAUGAGUGCUGCCGCUCACCAUAUCAAUGGCCACGGACCGUUCGCCCAACCCGCCAACACUGGGACUUUGUUGGGAUAUGA